AUGUCUUCUGAUUCUCCAUCACCGGAUUCUUCACCUUCACCACCAGCAUCAUCACCACCAUCAGACUCCUCGUCUUCACCACCCACACCUUCGAAGGAAUCACCAAAGAAUUCGAAAGAUUCACCGUCGCCAUCUUCAUCUCCCCCGAAAAACUCAUCACCUCCGCCAGCUUCCCCUCCACCAUCCUCACCACCACCUUCGUCUCCUCCUCCACCGAAGAAAGAUGACUCGCCUUCACCGCCUCCCCCGAGCGAUCAAUCGUCCCAGUCCCCGAAACAAGACUCCUCGCCUCCUCCUCCACCCAAGAACGGGCAGUCAUCUCCGGCCACUCCAUCCACUCCAACUCCUGCCAAUCAGGGCACUCCUGCCACGCCAGCCACUCCAGCUGGUACUCCUGGUAGCACCGCCUCUCCUCCACCACCACUCAAACCAAAUGCUCAAGGUGUUCCGGCUGUCCAUGCGCCACCUCCCCCACAUGCUGCUAAAACUUCGGCUUCCUCCAACAAUGCAGUGACACCAUCUACCGACAGUGCUGGCAGUAACUCCGAUAAAGGAGUGAUGAUUGGAGUGGGGAUCGGCUCCGGAGUAAUUGUACUUCUGAUGGCCGUCAUUUGUGUGCUUUGCGUCAGGAGGAAAAGGAGAAAGAAUGACCAUAUGCAGUAUUAUGGCGAUCCUACCAAAGGUGGUGCUGGUGCCUACUACACCAGUCAGCAACACAAUUGGAACAUGAGUGCAGCACAAGGAGACCAUGUGGUCAGGCUAAACCAAGCAGCUGGUAAUGGUAGUGGUGGUGCCUGGCCUUCACCGCCUCCUCCGAUGCCAAUGAGCAGUGAAAUGAGUACGAAUUUCUCGGGACUGCAUGGACCUCCGUUGCCACCUCCCUCACCAAACAUGUCACUCGGUGGGUUCAACAAGAACACCUUCACUUACGAGGAGCUGGCAAACGCUACUAACGGGUUCUCACAAGCCAAUUUGUUGGGUCAAGGUGGGUUUGGGUAUGUGCAUAAGGGCGUUCUCCCCAGCGGAAAAGAGGUUGCGGUGAAGAGUCUCAAGAUCGGUAGCGGCCAAGGAGAACGGGAAUUUGCGGCAGAGGUCGAGAUCAUUAGCCGAGUUCAUCACCGGCAUCUAGUGUCACUGGUGGGGUAUUGCAUUUCCGGUGAACAUAGAUUGUUAGUCUAUGAGUUUGUUCCCAAUUCAACCAUGGAGCAUCACUUGCACGGCAAAGGACUCCCGGCGCCAAUGGAUUGGGCAACUAGGCUUCGGAUCGCUACUGGAUCUGCUAAAGGGCUUGCUUACCUUCAUGAGGACUGCCAUCCCAAGAUCAUUCAUCGUGAUAUCAAAUCUGCUAAUAUUCUCCUGGAUAACAACUAUGAAGCCAUGGUUGCUGAUUUUGGGUUGGCUAAGCUUUCAUCUGACAACUACACCCAUGUUUCUACAAGAGUCAUGGGCACUUUCGGUUAUUUGGCUCCAGAAUAUGCAUCAAGUGGAAAGUUGACAGAGAAGUCCGAUGUCUUCUCAUUUGGAGUCAUGCUUUUGGAACUCAUUACUGGAAAGCGACCAGUUGAUCCUUCGAAUGCCAUGGAAGACAGCUUAGUGGACUGGGCUCGACCACUUCUCACCCGUGCACUAGAGGAUGGCAACUAUACAGAGUUGGUGGACAUCCGCUUGGACAACAGCUACGACAAACAAGAAAUGGCACGCAUGGUCGCCUGUGCUGCUGCCAGUAUCCGUCACUCUGCUAAACGGCGCCCAAAGAUGAGCCAGAUUGUACGAGCGUUGGAAGGAGACGUGUCGUUGGAGGACUUAAACGAGGGGGCAAAACCAGGGCAGACCAUUAUGAUCAAUCCCAACGCAGUUGGUGGAAGCUCCGACUAUGAUACACAGGCAUACAAUGCCGACAUGCAGAAGUUCAGGAAGUUAGCCCUUGCGAGCCAGGAUAGUAGUGAGUUCGGUAACAGUACCGACUCCUCAGAAAUGAGCACCCCUGCGAAGCCAAAGUUCUGA